CACUUUGCGCAUGCGCAUUAGCUAUAUUUUUUAGCCUGUUAAGCUACAAACCAGCUAGACAGAUGUAAGCUAGCAGAGAUAAAUUAGACAAAGAAACCUGUGAAGAGACUGAAUGAAAAAUACUUUAAAGUCGCCGACGGCUAAAGCAGCAAGCGAAAUACGAAGCUAUAUGCGUCAUUCAGUAUAUAUCAGUGUGUGGAAAUGAAAGAGUGAAUCGUGAUGAUGGAACCAUGAAGAAUUCUGUGACUACUUAAAGAGAAAAACUUUCCUUUUAAAUAUUUCAACAAUUUAAAGAGUGCUUUCAGGACGUCUGUGAGUGGUAACGUAAAGCCAGUAAUGUCACGGGUUCCCACCCCUCCUCCUCCUGGGGAGAUGUCCAGUGGACCUGUGGCAGAGAGCUGGUGUUACACACAGGUCAAAGUUGUGAAGUUUUCCUACAUGUGGACCAUAAAUAAUUUUAGUUUUUGCCGGGAAGAAAUGGGAGAGGUGUUGAAGAGCUCGACCUUCUCUUCUGGCCCUAAUGACAAAAUGAAAUGGUGUCUGCGAGUCAAUCCAAAGGGACUUGAUGAUGAAAGCAAAGAUUAUCUGUCGUUGUAUUUACUUCUUGUUAGCUGUCCAAAAAGUGAAGUCAGAGCAAAAUUUAAAUUUUCUUUGCUGAAUGCUAAAAGAGAAGAGACAAAAGCAAUGGAAAGCCAAAGAGCGUAUAGGUUUGUCCAAGGCAAAGACUGGGGCUUCAAAAAAUUCAUAAGGAGAGAUUUCCUCCUUGAUGAAGCAAAUGGGCUCUUACCAGAUGACAAGCUCACCCUGUUUUGUGAGGUAAGUGUUGUCCAAGACUCCGUUAACAUUUCGGGCCAGUCCAACAUGAACAUGCUGAAGGUACCGGAGUGCCAGCUGUCUGAUGACCUGGGGAAUCUGUGGGAGUGUUCACGCUUCACAGACUGCAGCCUCUACGUGGGAGGGCAGGAGUUUAAAGCCCACAAAUCCAUCCUUGCGGCGAGAUCGCCAGUCUUUAAUGCAAUGUUUGAACAUGAAAUGGAAGAAAGUAAAAAGAAUCGAGUUGACAUUAGUGAUGUGGAUCCGGAUGUUUUUAGGGAAAUGAUGGGAUUCAUUUAUACAGGAAAAGCUCCAAACUUGGAGAAGAUGGCAGAUAAUUUGUUAGCUGCUGCAGAUAAAUAUGCUCUGGAGCGUUUAAAGGUCAUGUGUGAAGAGGCCUUGUGCAACAGCCUUUCAGUGGAGAAUGUGGCCGACACCCUCAUCCUGGCUGACUUGCACAGCGCCGAGCAGCUCAAAGCACAAGCCAUAGAUUUUAUCAACAGGUGCAGUGUCCUGAGACAGCUGGGCUGUAAAGAUGGAAAGAACUGGAAUAGCAAUCAUGCCACAGACAUAAUGGAGACUGCAGGCUGGAAGUCAAUGAUCCAGUCCCAUCCUCACUUGGUAGCCGAAGCCUUCCGCGCCCUGGCUUCCGCGCAGUGCCCACCCUUUGGUCUUCCAAGGAAGCGUCUAAAACAGUCCUGACUGCCUGACUUUGCCCCGGGACUAAACUGAAGGGUGUGAAGCGUGGGUUUACAAAGCGAGAACUGUUGAGGGUGCCACUCGUAUUUCCACCAAAACUGAACACACUUGAAUAAAGAAGAGCGAAGCUUUCUGGCCACCGACGUGGAGAGGCAGGCACACGGAAGGCUUACAUCCAUGGAUCGGAAAACGGUUGAGUCAAGCAACGUGUUUUUUUGUUUGUUUUGUUGCUUGUUUUGCUGCCUCGGCUGAGUUCUGUUCUGCCCAGGCAGCAAGCCAAGCCAAGUCCUCUGCUACAUUUUUUUUUCCCUGUAAUUUUCAAAAUGGCCUUAAUAUAUCUGCCAUUGCUCUGGAUCUGCUCUAGAGCACUUCGUCUAUUUUACUCUGUGCGUGCCUUGUCACAAAGACCAGGCCUCCUCCAGGUUGCACUAGUUCCCAUGUAUAGUCAUUUUGAUAUUGAGUUCUAUAGGAACGUAACAAAGAUUUAACUAAAUGGGAAAUAUUAUAUAUUUGUAAUGUUUAGCCCGUUUGGUGACUAGACAUUAAAUAGCAUGAACACUCAGUGCAAGGUCAGUUCUUUACACUUUUUAAAAGAUGUGUAUGCCCCAUAUUGAUGGCACCAUUUUGAUGUAAAUGACAUUGAACCAUCUUUAAAUGACCAAUGUACAAGAAAGUCUCUUCUGUUGCAUAUUUGUGUGUGGGGGAAACGGUGAUCUGCCAUGACGAAGACCAGUGUCAAUCCACAUGAAACUGAAGUUUGUUCUUCGGCCCAAAAUAUAUUGAAGCAUUGGAAGUAUGUACUCAGUCUCCCACUUGAAUGACAUAUUCCAGAUCAUACAUCUGUGGAACUGUUCUAGAUAAAAUCUUGAGAAUUUGUUUCUUUUUAGUAUUGCAAACAUGCAAAUAUAUAUUCUCGGUAUAUUGUGGUAACCUGAAAGUGGAGAGACUAAUGCAUGGUCGUGUUGUUGUCCAGAGAAAGUGUCCAAGUUCCAGUUUUGUUUUUAAACAUUUAUUUUUCUGCAGCUAUCUGCUACGUGUGCAGAACCACAUGGAUCGAGUGUGCAAAAAAAUCUUCCUCUAACAUGCUUGGAUAUCUGUAGGAUGCUGAGCAUCACUUCUACUGGCAAUGUUAUUCUGUGUUUGAAUGGGGGGUUGUCAUGUUUAUUCAGUCCGUCUUGUAUGUAGCGUGGUGUGACAGACACUUCAGAGGAUUUUGUAAACUGAGGAGUAGCAUCAUUCUCUGUGAUGUUACUCGUCAGGCAGCCUAAUGUUUUAAAACUUUGAAAAGUUUGGGUAAAAACAAAAAAAAUGAAGUCGUUGUCUGCAAGAAUGCCUGCAUUAACCCAUUAAAACAUUUUCCAGCAGUU